ACUUAAGAGUGGAGUGUUCACUGAGAACAUGAGCAGUAACUGAUUGGAGCUCAAGACCCAUUUCUGCAAUUGAUUAUGCCACAUUUAAGAUAUGUUGAAAUUUUGAACUUUCUCGAUGUCUUCUGACUGUAGUGUCUCUCCUCACAGCUGUAUGAAGACGCUCGGCCCGGUGAAGCAUUGACCUCAUGCUCUGUAAUCUCUUUAUCUGUGCUGCUCAGCCUGCGUCAAGGGGACAGACAGCUAAUCUCUAUGGGAACAUUGGGUAACACCGUUGCAUAACAUUUCAUCUCCACAAAAGCCAAGAGAUCAACCUUUUAGCUGCAAAACACAGCCAUGUCUCUCAUAGAGGUGUGUUUUGCUAAACCUGCAAACCAAAGCAUUCCGGUUAUACUGUAAAUACUGUGGAUACAAAUACAUGUGCACAAUUGUCAUCAAUUGCGUCCUUUUGGCUUCUUUUUUGCCGCCCUGAACCGAUGUUAGCCAUUUUAAUGGAUUGGCACGGACCCAAAUUAAAACAGGAUUAGAGUUCAUGACACCAUUUUAAUCCGUCAUCAGUGGAGGAGGAGAGGAUGAAGAUAGGAGGAAGGUGAGCUCUCACAGUAGGGGGGUUUUCCCUGUCCUUUGACUGUCCUUCCACUUACCUGAUGUCUCAAACAGACGUGCCCCCUACCCUCCUGUGUUCUUGGCCAUCAGUGUGCAGUUAGUCUGUUCAAGAGGACAGAGAUGGAGACUAUGACGGCACCGUUUUGCUCAGUGUAUUGGGGCCUUAAACGAUUUUGCACAAACUGUCAGACAUGUAAGUGAAGAAACUCAUUUUUUUCUGGUCCUACUGGGCCAAAAGAACUACUUUUUCAUAUUGUUGCAUGCAAUGGAUUCUACCGCUGCGUUUUGAUGCAAAGCAGCAAUUUGGAAACUUGAUGACCUUAUCUUGAGAAAUGCCUGGAAGCCAGUACAAGAUGACAAACCCCAAGCGCCACCACAGCCUCUACAGCCUGAUGGACAGCUCUGGCGCCGGCCUAGAGGACGAGGAGGCCGACGGCCCGCCGCACCUCACCCCCCUGCAGAAGCUCACCGCCGACAUGUGCAAGGACGACACGACCAUCAAGGAACUGACGAUUGGCCGCAGGGUGGGCUUCUACAAGGUCCGCGGGGAGAUCGGCUCUGGGACCUUCUCCCGGGUCAAACUGGGUUUCCACACUCUAACUAAAGACAAAGUGGCACUGAAGAUCCUGGAUAAGACACGGCUGGACGGUCAGGCCCAGCGUCUGCUCUCCAAGGAGAUCAGCAGCAUGGAGUGCCUGCAGCACCCCAACGUGGUGUGUCUGUACGAGGUGGUGGAGACGCCGAGUCGCCUUUACCUAGUGCUGGAGUACGCAGGAGGAGGAGACCUCUUCAACCAGAUAUUCACCCAGGGAAAACUGUCCGACAACGCCAGCAAGGUCACCUUCGCCCAGAUCCUUUCUGCCAUCAAAUAUUUGCACAACAACAGCAUCAUUCACCGGGACCUGAAGGCCGAGAACGUUCUGAUUAGCAGCAGCGGCUGCGUGAAGGUGGCCGACUUUGGAUUCAGCACGCGGCUUUCGAACCGCGACGACACCCUCGACACUUUCUGUGGCUCGCCGCCCUACGCCGCCCCAGAGCUCUUCAGGGACGAGUGCUACCUGGGGCCCCCGGUGGACGUGUGGGCCAUGGGGGUGCUGCUUUUCUUCAUGGUGACCGGAACUAUGCCGUUCCGCGCCGAGACCAUGGGGAAGCUGCGGUGCUGCAUCCUGAAGUGCGCCUACACCGUCCCUCCCUGGGUACCCGGCCCCUGCCAGAGGCUCAUCAAGGGAAUCUUGAAGGCGGUCCCCGCUGAGCGCUAUGCCGUCGACCAGAUGCUGGGCUGUGAUUGGCUCCUAGCUGUGGAGUUUCCCUGGUCGUUGGUGGCGCCCGAACCGGCGAGCCCUCAGCAGAGCCUGCUGGACUCGGAGCGCGAGGACCUGGAGGAGGAGGUCCGGAGCUCGCUGGAGGAGCUCGGCUUCAGCACAGUGAAGCGGUGGAACGAUCUGCCCAAAGAAAGCCGCAGCCCCGUCACCGGCGUUUAUCGGAUCCUGCUGCGCCGAGCCCAGAGGAGGAGGGGCUGCGACAGUCCCCCCGUGGUCCGAGGGAUGGUGAGGGACCCCAGGAGGGAGGGGCUCCGGGCCUACAGGGGCCUCAGACACACCUCCAAGUUUUGUGUGCUUUCAUGACAAAGUGGUAGAGUUCCGCACAGUUUUUAUACAGACUUUUUUU